AUGUCCGCCCUCUCCGCCUCAAAGCAGAAGCGUCUUGCGGCCAAGGCUGCCAAGGACGCUGCCAAGAAGUCUUCAAGUGCUUCGAGCCCUGCGACCACCAAUGGCCGCAAUACCCCCGCCCCUGGCGGCGAUAAUGAGGACGGCGACUCAUUGGCACCUGCUAUGAGUGCCAUGGACCUUGCCAAGCAGAGGGGAGGCGACCGUAACUCGACCGGAGUGCUGACAUCGCAGCCUCUGUCCCGCGAUAUCAAGAUCGAGUCCUUUUCGUUGUCCUUCCACGGCCGUGAGCUGAUCUCGAACACCGAUAUCGAUCUCAACUUUGGUCGUCGUUACGGCCUUAUUGGUUCAAACGGGUCCGGAAAGUCGACCUUCCUCGAGUGUCUGGCUGCUCGUGAAGUCCCUAUUCCUGAGCACAUCGACAUCUACUUACUGCAAGAAGAGGCUGCCCCCUCGGACUUUAAUGCCAUCGAGGCUGUUGUCACCGAGGCAAAGUUAGAGGUUGAGCGUCUGGAAAGGCAGGUCGAAGAUAUUCUCGCUGAAGUCGAUGGCGGAGAGAACCCUCUCCUUGAUGACAUCUAUGAGCGUAUCGAAGGCCUGGACCCCGCGACCUUCGAUACCCGCGCUGCCACGUUGCUCCACGGUCUUGGCUUCACCAAGAAGGACAUGCUCAAGGCCACCAAAGACAUGUCUGGAGGAUGGCGCAUGCGUGUCGCCCUCGCCAAAGCCCUGUUCGUCAAGCCCACCCUUCUUUUGCUGGACGAACCCACCAACCACUUGGAUCUUGAGGCCUGCGUGUGGCUCGAGGACUACCUUUCCAAGUACGACCGUAUCCUCAUCCUCAUCUCUCACUCUCAGGAUUUCCUGAACGGAGUCUGCACCAACAUCAUGAACCUGAACCACAAGCGAAAGCUCGUCAACUAUGGUGGUAACUAUGACACCUACGUCAAGACCCGUGCCGAGUUGGAGGUCAAUCAGAUGAAGGCCUAUGUUAAGCAGCAGGAGGAGAUUGCUCACAUCAAGAAGUUCAUCGCCUCGGCCGGUACCUAUGCCAAUUUGGUCAGACAGGCCAAGUCCAAGCAGAAGAUUAUCGACAAGAUGGAGGCUGCUGGUCUUAUUGAGAAGGUCGACCCACCACUGCUCUUCAAAUUCAAGUUCUCAGACACUGACAAGCUGCCCCCUCCAGUUUUGGCCUUCGAUGAGGUUGCCUUUGCUUACUCUGGCGACAUGAAGGAUUCCCUCUAUCGAGGCGUCAAUCUCGGAAUUGACAUGGAUUCGCGUGUCGCUCUUGUCGGACCAAACGGAGCCGGAAAGUCGACUCUCCUCAAACUGAUGACUGGUGACCUGAGCGCUACCCAGGGUCGUGUCCAGCGUCAUAUGCAGCUCAAGCUCGGCAAGUACAGCCAGCACUCUGCCGAUCAGCUCGACAUGGACCUCUCGCCCAUCGAUUACAUGCGCAAGCGCUUUCCUGACCUGCCGCAGGACACUGACCAUUGGCGUCAGACCCUCGGCAAGUACGGUCUUACGGGAUCCCACCAGACCUCACCCAUCGGCCACCUGUCGCACGGUCUUCAGACACGCUUGGUCUUUGCAGAGUUGGCCCUGUCUCGUCCUCACAUGCUUUUAUUGGACGAGCCUACCAAUCACUUGGAUAUGGAGUCGAUUGAUGCGUUGGCAGAGGCCAUCAAGACGUUCACUGGAGGAGUUGUCCUUGUUUCUCACGACUUCCGUCUGUUGAAGGAGGUCGCAGACCACAUCAUUGUUGUUGAUAAGGGCGUGUCUGUCUUUAACGGAACUAUUCUUGAGUACAAGAAGAUUUUGCAGAAGAAGUCACGAGAGAACGCUGGUCUUAUCAAUUAG